AUGUAUGGAGAUACUUUUAUGACCUUAAAGCAUCAAAAUACCCUGGCUUUGAGUACACUCAGAGUUUACAACAAUGGAUUACGACAGCCACAUUUCCAUUUUAAUGCAAAUGAAAUGGGAUAUGUAAUAAGUGGAUGUGCAAAGGUGGGCAUUAUUAAUACUCAGGGUACCAUAGAGUUUAACAUUCAUGUUGGAGAUGUGAUAUUUUUCCCCAUUGGAACCCAGCAUUACAUAAAGAGUGCAUGUGAUGAGGAUUUGCUUUUAAUUCUUGCCUUCAGCACUGGAGACCAGCUGCAAACCCUUGACAUGGACGAUUAUUUCCAGGCCACAGCAGACCACAUCCUGGCCCAGCUUUUCUUCAAGAAACAAAAUGAGUUUAAGAAGAUCCCUAAAUUCAAGGAGGACCAGGCAAUCAACCUGCCUUAG